GAUACGGCUCGGGUUGAGAUCGUACGGGUCAUCACUUGAUUCCUUGUGAGUCUUGGGAAAGUGGAAGAACCAUGCGGUCAUAAGCUUUGUUCACUAGAUUCCCGCCAGCAAAUCAGUAGUAUGAGGAGGUUGUCUUCCUCCUCCUCCUCCUCCGAAGAAGUUGGUCUCCGGGAGCACCUGCGAGCUUCCAGCCAAGCGAAGCCCUGAUCGUCGCGGACCCGGAGACGCAGCUCGACUCUCGCAAGACACAUGUGCGGUAAGUCGCUACAGAGACAGAUAAGUCUCAGCCGCGGAUAGGAACUAGAGAAAGCCUUGCGGGGAAAUAUCUUCGGGACGGGAUCGAAAUAGCGUAGAACGGAUUAAGGCAGGACCAUGCGGCAGCAACAAUUUCUGUACAUAUGAUGCUUCGACGCUUCAGCGAUGCAUAUCACCGUGUGAUGGUAGUUAUCGCAUGGUCCAUGAUAAGGGGCGCUGGAUGAUGAGACGGCGUCCGACACGUCCCUCGGGUCAACGAGUAGACACCUCCAGAGCCUCGAAUACGGCCGCGAAAGACAUGCUGGCGCCAUGGACGGUCUGCGGCUACGAACGUGAAAUGAUCCAAAUCAAGAGACAGCAUCCCAGCUGUCGCGUGCUUUGGGACCACGACGCUUCGUAUGCGCACGUCGGCCGAGCAGCACAUUUCAAGUAGCUUUCCCCUGGCACUGGGGUAACAAGGGCAUAAUCUCGGCGGGACACACCUCGCGAUAGC